GGGAUGAGAAGGGUUCCUCAUGUCUUGAAUUAUGGUUACUCCCAUUACCUCUUCUUAUAUGCGUCAUUCUUCUCUUUUUGCAGCAUGCUGUGAACUACAUGAAAGUUGCCUACAUGCCACCACUGCAGGACAUCGGGCCUGAACCUCAGCAAGUCCAGUUUAUUUUUUCCGUCAGCAAUCAGCAUGGUGGCACUUUGUACGGGAUCUGCUUCAAUAUUACAAUUCUUCCUGUGGACAACCAAGCCCCAGAGGUUUUUGCAAACCAUUUGAAAGUGGAAGAGGGUGGCCUGAGCCCUGUCACAGAGGAACACAUUCUCAUCUCUGACAUCGACACAAAACGGGAGCAUCUCUUCCUCCUCAUGCAGAGACAGCCUCGGCAUGGGGCAGUGGAGCUGGAUGGCGUUCCCAUGAAUGAAGGCGACAGGCUUUCCUGUGGGGAUCUGCAUUCACUGGCAGUCAGGUAUCGGCACGAUGGCUCCGAGACUCUCACUGAUGAUGUCCUCUUUGCAGCCACAGAUGGCAUCCACUUUGUAGAGUUCAUCCUGCAGGUCAAGGUGUUGCCUGUGAAUGACGAGCCACCUGUCAUGCGAAUAGGCCUUGUUCCUGUGCUCCACUGCCUGGAGGGUGAAGAAGUGGUCCUCUCCUCAGAGUACAUUUCUGCCACAGAUGCAGACAGUGAUGACAUGAAACUGAUGUUUACACUGACUCGCCAGCCCCACCAUGGGAUAGUGAGGAAAGCUGGCACUGCUGUGGAUCGUUUCUCUCAAGCUGAUGUCAUCUCUGGUUUAGUCACAUAUGAGCACACUAGUGGGGAGAUUGGCCUGACUCCUUCCACUGAGAUCUUAACCUUCAUUGUCUCUGACAGUGAGGCUGGCCUAGAUGUGAAAGGCUGCUGUUAUGAUGGAGCUCUUCCUCCUCCAGUUCCUCUUCACAAUCCAUUUCCAGUAUAUGACCUUAACAUCACUAUACUUCCAGUGGACAACCAGCCUCCAUCAAUUGCAACUGGUGCAAGGUUUGUGGUGGAGGAGGGCUCCUCAGCAGCCAUUACCACAAACCAUUUGUUUGCCACUGACCCUGACACCACUGCAGAUGAUUUAGAGUUUGUCUUGGUUUCUCCUCCCCAGUUUGGUUACAUUGAAAAUAUACUGCCUUCUCCUGGGUUUGAGAAGAGCAACAUUGGUAUAAGUAUAGCUUCGUUUCAGCUGAAGCACCUGAAAGCCCUGAACAUAAACUAUGUACAAGCCAGGCACAUGCGAAUGGAGCCAACAGCAGACUACUUUGUACUUUAUGUCACUGAUGGGCUGCAUCGCUCAACAGAGACUCCAUUUUUCGUGCUGAUCAACCCAACCAAUGAUGAAAUUCCAGAAUUCACAGCUAGGAAUAUUACUGUUCAAGAGGGGGAGAUGAAAGAGCUGGAUCUCUCUGUUAUCAAUGCAGUUGAUCUGGAUGUGCCUCAAGACUGCUUGGUAUUUGCGGUUGUGCAGAGGCCCUGGCAUGGGUUCCUUAUUAAUGGAGUUCAUGGCAAUGAUAUUCUACACUAUAAACAGUUAAUUAACCACAACCACCACAGCCAUGGGUUGCUUGUUCAUGACUUUUCCAUGGAGCUACUGAAGAAUGGAAUGAAGCUGAUGUACAUGCAUGACAAUUCAGAAAACCUCACUGACAGCUUUAAAAUCCAGCUAUCAGAUGGGAAACAUAAAGUCCUCAGAACCAUUUCAGUAAAGGUCAUUCCAGUUAACGAUGAGAAACCUCUGCUGGUCAAGAAGGAUGAUAUAGAGGUGAACAUGGGUGAAACUCGAAUAAUUUCUAGUGCUGUUCUGUCAGUGGAAGAUAAAGAUACCCCCAGGGAGAGAAUUCUCUACUUAUUUGAAAGACUUCCAGAAAAUGGUCAGCUUCAGCUCAAGGUAGGCCAAGGCUGGAUGACUCUUCAAACUGGAAUGAACUGCACUCAGGAAGAACUGGAUAUGAACCUUGUGAGAUAUGUCCAUACAGCAGCUAUAGGUUCCAAAACCCAAGACAGCUUCACAUUUUUUCUGUGGGAUGGGCACAACAGAUCCCCAGCUGUGGACUUCUUUGUAAAUAUCAAGGACAUGGAAAAAGGAGACAUUGCUGUUUUCAUUAAACCUCUUAGAGUGCCAAAAGGGGAUCGGAGCUGCAUUACAACUGAUGUCCUCCUUGCACUGGAUGGCACUGACAAGCCAGAGGAGCUCCUCUAUGUGAUAACCUCCCCACCCCAGUAUGGACAAGUAGAGUAUGUCAACUAUCCUGGCAUCCCCAUUACAAGCUUCAGUCAAAUGGAUGUAGCAAGACAGAUAGUCUGCUAUGUUUCCAAUACUAAGGCAGUUGUUCCUGAAGACACAUUCAGAUUCAUCAUCAGCAAUGGACUGAGGAAUAAACACGGGACAUUCAUGAUCUCCUUGGAGGCUGUCGACCAAGCUUUGCCCACACUAUCUAGGAACACAGGGUUAAGAUUAGUGGAAGGCGCUAUGGCAGUCCUUUCUCCUGAUGUCCUGCAGCUUUCAGACCCAGACACUGCCAAAGAAAACCUUACCUUCCUCUUGGCUCAGCUCCCCCAAUAUGGUCAUCUCUAUUAUAGAGGGGCUGUGCUGCUGCAGUACAAUUUCACCCAGCAAGAUGUGGACAACAGGGAUGUUGCAUACAAGCAUGGCGGUGGGGAUUCCCAGAUUGACAGAUUUACAUUUGUUGCAACAGAUAGGACAAAUCAAGGCUUCAUCGUGAAUGGGAGGGUGCAGAGCGAGCCAGUGGCAUUCACCAUUCAGGUGGAUCAUUUGGACAAAAUUGCACCAAAAAUUAUUCAUCUCCAUUGCUUUUCUGAUGUGGAACUGCUGAAGAAUGGCAAUUAUGGGAUCUAUAUUACUGCCAGGUCCCUGAAGGCAUCUGAUUCCAAUACAGAAGAUGACAAAAUAAUCUUUAAGAUUUUACGAGGUCCUCAUCACGGCUACCUGGAAAACAUAACAACAGGUGGAUUUAUUCAGGAAAGGUUUAGCCAAAAGGAUUUAAACAGCAAAAUUAUACUUUACGUCAUCAAUCCAUCACAGGAAGUGAAUUCAGACCACUUGGAGUUUCAAGUCACAGAUGCUAAUGGAAACUCCGCAGUACCCCAAAGGCUGGAGCUGCGGUGGUCUCGGAUUGAAAUGCAGCAGACCGAAUAUGAGGUGUGUGAGAGCGUGGGAGUGGUGUCUCUGAAAAUCACCAGGGCAGGACACUCUGCAGAGUUGGCCUUUGUUGCUGUGAAGGUCAAUGAAAUAUCCGCUGUGCUGGGAAAAGACUUUACAGUGACUCCCUCCAAGCUUGUUCAGUUUGAUCCAGGAAUGUCAACCAAGAUGUGGAAUAUAGCAAUUACCUAUGAUGGAUUAGAGGAAGGUGAUGAAGUCUUUGAAGUAGUUCUGAACUCCCCUGUGAAUGCUGUUCUUGGCACCCGGACAAAAGCUAUAGUGAAAAUUUUGGACUCAAAAGGAGGUCAGUGCAGCUAUUCCCAUUCUUCUGGCCAAAGCAAGCAUGACUUCUGGGGGAGAGGCACGCUGCUUCCAGUUUCCUCGGGCUCCUCAUCACCUUCCAGGCCUGGCAACACUCCCUUGGAAGGGAUCCCAUCACCUCCUUCCAAAGGGAUAAGAGAACAUGUAGGGGACCCGCAGCAGGAACACAGCUUGGCGAAUCGGUCAAGGACCAGGCUGAGAGUGACUGGAAAUGGCAGAACAGUUCAUCGUUCAUCUGUAUUUAGAAAUGGAACAGAUGUGGUUUUCAAAUACCAUGGGAUGGUGUCACUCAAAAUAGAGGAUGACACCUCAUCAGCUAAAGCAAACAAGAGGGCUCAAGUGUCAGUAAUUAACCAAGCACAACCACAGAUAAAUGUCAUCUCCUCUAAGAAGACAGAAAUCCCACAAGCUGAUAAGGCAGAACUGACAUCUGAACCAAGCUCAAGACAUCAGGACUUUUACUCCUUUCCAAAGGCCUGUACACCAGAUUUAAAGGGGCUCUUGCAUUAUGAAGAAAGUACUCAAAAGUUAUUUCAGUGUGAUGGGAUAAUAUGGAAAUUCUGGAAUUCCCAAAGUAAGGAGAUAAGCACAAAGAAAUGUCCCUCCGGAUGGAGUCAUCAUGAGGGCAGCUGCUACUUCCUGGUAGUGAACCACAAGGUCACCUGGAACACUGCUGCUCGGGCUUGCAAAGAACAGUACCUGGGGAGUCUAGCAAGUGUGGCUAAUGAACAACACAUGCAGUGGCUGUGGGACUUCAGUGGGAGGAAGCCCUUUUGGAUAGGGUUGAGCGACCAAGUCAAUCCUGGACGUUGGGAGUGGAAUGGAGGAGAACCUGUAACCUACACGAACUGGAGAAGAGGCUCAUACCACUUUCCAAAGAGAGGAAGAAAUUGUGUAUGGGUGCAGAAGCGAGGAAAAUGGCAAGCAACUGACUGCAGGAAGGUCAAACGGAACAGCUAUAUAUGUUCAAGAAAGCUGUAAAGAAUGGAGGAUCCCUGUGAAAGCACGUGGACAUUCAUAUUGUUUCAGUUUUCUUUACCUGCAGACAUGUGAGGGUAUGCAGUUAGAAAACAGUCAUAAUUAUCAGCAAGGUUUAUUUUAUAUGCUGCCUGAGAAAUGCAGAUGCAUUGGACUCUAACCAAGGAACAGGUCAGU